AUGUUAGUGGCAGAAAAUUACUAUACGGCAACAGUGUUCGUUGUGCUUAUACAGCGAUCAUUGUUAGCAAUGGUUCUUCCAAGGCCACCUUCUUCACCAAAUUACAUCCAACAACCUGAUCGAAAGGGAAAUGAACAAAAAUUUUACGAGGGAAAAUCAUUGCCAAACUUUGUACAAAAUUCCGAGAUGGAAAGAGCUAAUACCAACGAUUACAGUCUUGUAGAGAUUGAACUUCAAAGCCCAGAUGAAAUGGAUGCGACGAACCUUCAAAAUAUCAUACACGCAAUGCUGAAACAAUCCGGACAAGUUGGCAAUGAAAGUUAUCCAAAUCCAGAAGUGAUAUCUCACUCAAUUUUCGGCGUGAGAGACGUUGGCAUAAGUCCAAGCUUCAAAGCAAACACAAACGAGGACAAGCAUGUUCUAAUAAGUCCACCGAAGUUUCAAGCUGUUGAUGAGAAGCUUUAUUAUUUAAAGGACAACAGACCAAAGGUUUAUGUAAACUUACGAGGCCGCAGCGGUUCUUUUCGAAAAGACGUGAUCUCGAAAACAACUUCUAGCAACGACCUUGUAGAAUUUCUCAGAGCGACACAUCCUCUGCAAAAGCAAACUGAUUGGAAAUUUCAUCACGAUAAGAUUAAUGCGAAACGCAAAUAUCGAAAAUAUAUUUCAAAGAACGACGCUAAGAAGAAGAAUAAAUUAACUAUAAUUUAUGGUUUAGAUGACCUGUCCACUACUGAGAAUUCUAUCGUUACUUCGAGCGAGUUACCCAAACAAAUACCUGCUCCACCGUCUAAAUUUCCAAAUAAAAUAUUAAUGACACAGACCACGCCUGUUCAAAGAUAUGCUUUAAAAAGAACAAAUAUAUUACCAAGAUACAAGCUUUCAAAUAUAUGA